CGUCAGCUGAUCGCCCCGUGACAGGCUGGGAUCCAGGAAGAGGGAGCUAGGCGGCCGCCGGGUGCUGCUCCCUGAAUCCACCGCUCGCCAUGUUCGGGGCUGAGGAGGACGACACGGACUUCCUGUCCCCCACCGGAGGGGCGAAGCUGGCCUCUCUGUUUGGAAUGGACCAGACGGCGAGCAGACAGGGCAACGAAUCUUUCCAGUACACUGCCCCAAAACAGCCGAAGAAAGGUCCAGGGGCAGCCGGUCCGAAGUCCCCCAAACCACCCGGAUCAGCGAACUCGGGCCCAGCACCAAGCGUACUCUUUGCCACGGCUGUCCACGCCUACAGAUUCACAAACGGACAGUAUGUGAAGCAGGGGAAGUUUGGAGCUGCUGUUUUGGGGAACCAUACCACCAAAGAGUACAGGAUCCUUCUUUAUAUCAGCCAACAGCAGCAAGUCACUGCCGCCAAGAUCCACCCGGGGUUUGUGUUUAUGGUUCAGCCGAAUAACUACGCCACUUUCUACGAUGAUCAGAGACAGAACUGGUCAGUCAUGUUUGAGUCAGAGACGUCUGCCAUUGAUUUUAGUAAACAGAUGUGUAUUGCCAAGUGUAACAGCUCUCCUGCCCUGGAGUCUGUGCUCACCCAGGACUUAUUGCCGGGAGAAGGGCAGGGUGCGGAUGUCGGAGAUUUGCUGGAAGUGGCCUAUACCGGGUGGUUAUAUCAGAACCAAGGCUUGGGCCAGAUGUUUGACUCAAACGUACAGAAGGAAAAAAUGCUGCGUCUGAAGUUGGGCUCCGGGAAAGUUAUUAAGGGCUGGGAGGAAGGCAUGCAGGGGAUGAAGAAAGGUGGCCGCCGGUUGCUAAUUAUCCCACCGGCCCUGGGCUACGGCUCCCAGGGACACCCUGGCAGGAUUCCCUCCAAUUCAACCCUCAUUUUCGAAGUGGAAGUAAAACGCAUUAAACUGAAGGAUUUGGCAUCUGAUAGACAAAGUGUUGGCUCGCGAGAUUCACCAGUAUCCAUCACAGACAGUUUAUCCACAGAGUUCCUACCACAGCCACCUACCUCCGUGCCGCCUCACCCUGGGGAACCUGCAGUCCGCACCAAAUCUAACUCCAUCAGCGAGCAGUUAGCGAAUCCAGAUGCUGCCAAAGCGAAACUCAUCUCAAGAAUGGCAAGAAUGGGACAGCCAAUGUUACCCUUCCUAGCAGGGAGCAGCACGCCGGGACCAGACUCCAGCGACUCUGAGAUCGAGGACCCCAACUUACAGCGACUCUCCCCACAUCCAGCUGUGCCUCUCCCGGUCCGACCCACCCCACAGAUCGGCCACACCACCGUGGCCAGUCACCUCCCUGCUUCAGUUCCUCCUCAGCAGGCUGUGUUAGGCCUCCAAGCACCGUCAGCUGCUCUGUUACCUGUACCAUCCAUUCAUUCCCAGGCCUUCCCCUCGGGCACACCCCCAGCUCCAGGUUUCCAGCCAUACAGUGGUCUCCAGUAUUCCUAUUCUCAGACCCCAGUUACCCAGCUGCAGCCAAUGGCACCCGUCUACCCUCCUCAGCUCCAGCAGUCGUCUCCUUUCCAAGGUGACAUCACGUCCUUCCUGAUGACAGAAGCACGUCAGCAAAGCACCGAAAUCCGAAUGUCCAUCAGCAAAGUGAUUGACAAGAUCGAUAAUUUGGCUUCCAAGGUGGACAGUCUCCAGAAGGAAAAUCCUAGUGGGGCCUCUCACCUGCUUCCAGGGAUCUCCACCAUCACGAUGGAGAGUUCCAUGAUAAUGAACAACAUCCAGCGCAUUAUGCAGGAGAACGAACGUCUGAAACAGGAGGUUCUAGAAAAGAGCAGCCGGAUCGAGGAGCAGAACGUGAAGAUUGGAGAGCUGAUUACACGUAACCAGAGGUUUGUGGAGCAGAGUAAUCUUCUAAUGGAACAAAGAAAUGACUCGCUGCAAACAACGUCCGAAAACACGCAGGCCCGGGUACUACACGCUGUACAGGAAAAGCAUGCAUUACACACGGAUCUGGGGAGGUGCCAGGCCAAAGUAGCAGAAGAUUUGGCAGCCGCCACUGGCCAACUGUCUAAACUGCAGCUAGAGGUCACAGCCUAUCAGAAGAAAGAAAUGGACCUCAGGAUGCAGCUUGCAGCCGCUCUGCAGGACGCUGAGAAGUUGUCCUCCCUGCAAGUCCAGCUGAUUGAGGUGCAAGAAUUAUCGGAGCAAAUGAAGAGUCGUGUCAAGGUGGAGAAAGAUGGUCGUCGACAACUGGAGGUCAGACUGGCCGCCUUAGAGGAAGAAGUGUCAGACUUAAAGGCAGAGAAGCGUAAUUUGGAAAAGAGCCUCGUGGAGCGCAAGAAACGGUCCCAGCAGGAGAGGCAGCAUGCCGAGGAGGAGCUAGAAGAGCUGCGCAGGACGCAUCAGGAGGAGAUCGAGAACCUGAGACAACUUCUGAAGAAGAUGCGAGAGCAGGCAGCAUCAGAGCAGCGUUCUUCGGCCCAUGAAAUUGAUCUUGAAAGACUGUCUGAGCUGGAAGAGCGAGCAGCGCAGGUCCAGCCGCUGAGAGACAAGUGUGCAAAGCUCCAGAGCCAUCUAACUACACUGACCGAGGAGUACAAGCAAAUACGAGCAAAGAUGGAGGAGCAAGAACCGGCCGCAGACUCCACAGAGGAGGUGAAGACGAUCAUGAAUGGAGUUUUCCAAUCCCUUCGGAGGGAGUUUGAGCUGGAGGAGACUUACAGCGGCCGAGUGGUUCUUGGAACAAUUAUGAACACCAUAAAGGCAACAACACUGCAGUUACUGAACAAGCAGCCGGAUAAGGAACCCGCAGAAAGCGACAGUGAACAUGAAGAUGAGGAGAUUGAAGUUCCCAGACAGGUUAUCGUGUCCGAGCAGGAGAAGCCAAGUUCACACGUGACUGUAGUUUUGGCUGAUGAGCAUUGGCAGAGACGAGAGCAACGAGAAUAUGCUGAUCAAAGUAUGGAAAAGACACAAAGUCAGGGAAUGCAUGUUGUGGAGAACGAUCUGAGUAAAGAUAAGCCCUCGGAUACCAAACCUGUUCCCUCGGUCUUGGUGGAAAAUGAAAGCGAGGUGGAGGUGAUUCAGGAAGUGAUGGAUCCAUCUUCUGCUUUGGUUCAUAUGGUAUCAAGUGACAUGCCAGAGUAUAGCUCCGUCUCCUAUAUAGAUAAUGAGCCUGGUGAGGGCACAGGAGAAUCUCUACAAGAAGGGAAGGAAAUCAACGGAAUCAGUAGUUCCCCAGUUCCAGAAGUAUUAACACAAGACCUAUCCAAUGAGAACAAAACUAUUCGCAAAGAAGCGCUAUCUGUUCCCUCCACGGUCCCUGAAACCGAAGUGUUUAACGAUGGAAGGCAAGAUGGUCCACCUCUGCUAGAAAGUGAUGAGGACAAUAGCAGCCCCAUACCUCCAACAGAAGAUACCUCAAGUUCUAUGUCUGGCAUCGCAGCCAAGGGUGGUCCCGGGCAGCCACAGUCAAAGACCCACAAAAGCCCUCUCAGCCUGGACGACUCCGAUGAAGAAGAUUUAUUUAAACUUGCUUCUCCCCGAGCCCAGAAACCGAAGCAGGAAGACGAAGAAGAUGAAGAAGUGAGCCUAAAAGGACGCCCUCCUCCGGCUCCUCUCUUUGGAGAUGAAGAUGAUGACGACGAUGAUCUGGGCUGGUAGAGUUUUCUCUUCUUGACCUAAAUCUGUUCAGAAAGAUAUUUUGAGGUUAUUCCUCCACUUUUACUUCUCCAGGCCACACUGGAGCUCGGACAGCGAGGAAUUCAUAGCGUGGACUGGGAAAGGCCAGAAUGCAGGGUUUGCUGAUGGCUGCUCCCACUUCUCCACUGUGUGUUUCUCAGCCACACGUCUGUCGGUCUGUCUGUCCUUUUUAUAGUGGCAAUAAACCAUGUUGUAGUAUAAAA